AUGAUGUGCAUUGUGUCCUCAGUCACUUUGCAGUUGGAAGCAGUGGGAGAGGAGGUGGAGGAAGAGGAGGUGCGUCCCAGCGCAUCUGGCACACAGGCUGCAGGCCCGUCUUUCCCCAGCACGCCCAGCGGAUCCAGAGUGCGCGGAGGCGGCCAGGUUCUCACCGAGAAAGUCCUGCAGACACAGAGGGACACGAUCGGGGCCAUCAGAGAAGUGAGGGAGGAACUGGUACAAAUACGCACAGUCUUACAAAACGUGUGACAUAAUGUCGACGGCAACUGAAACAAUAAAAGAGUUGUUAAAAAAGUGAAACGCACUUGCCUUUUUUACAUACGCCGCAUCACUUCCUCACGUAGCCUUGCUCCAUGCUCAUGUUCCUCAUGCCGGGGAGGUGGCUGUGGGUCGGGGUCCACGUGUGGUGGGGCGGGGAGGAAGUCAGGUUGGAGGGGGAUGGCGUUCCUCACUGCUAA